GUGUCUCCUUUAAAAGGGCCCGGUUAGAGGACAGUCGUAGCCACCACUAUGGCGGGGGUUCCCGAAGGAGGAGGUCCCAGUUGUAGGCUGGAGUUCGCAGUCCAGAUGAGCUGCCAGAAUUGCGUGGAGGCCAUUCAGACAUCCCUGCAGGGAAUACCAGGCCUCCGGCUCCUUGAUGUCCAGCUGGAUUCGCAGACUGUGCUGGUGGAGACAAGCCUCGGCAGUGAGGAAGUCCAAGGCCUUUUGGAGAACACGGGGCGCAAGGCGGUGCUGAAAGGAAUGGGGGCUGCGUCCCCAGCUUCAGCGAGCAGUGCCGCCGUGGCCAUCGUGUCUGGCCGUGGACUGGUGCAAGGUGUGGUGAGGUUCUUGCAGGUCAGCCCAGAGAAAUGCCUCAUCGACGGCACCGUAGACGGACUGGAGCCAGGGCCGCAUGGCCUGCACGUUCACGAAUUUGGGGACAUCAGCAACUCCUGUGACAGCUGCGGGGACCACUUCAACCCCAACGGGAAAUGCCACGGGGGACCGCAGGACGUACACCGACACACUGGAGAUCUUGGGAACAUCAUCGCCACUGCCGAUGGAAGAGCUUCCUUCCGGAUGGAAGACGGACAACUGAAGGUCCCUGAUAUCAUUGGGCGGUCCUUGGUGAUUGACGCAGGGGAGGACGACCUGGGUCGAGGGAAUCAUCCUCUCUCAAAAGUCACCGGAAAUUCUGGUGAGAGAGUGGCCUGUGGAAUCAUCGCCCGCUCCGCCGGCCUCUUCGAAAACCCCAAGAAAAUCUGUACCUGCGACGGGGUGACGCUGUGGGAAGAGCGGGAGUGGCCUCUGGCCGGGCCGGGCCGAGGGGCGGCCGGCCAACCGGCCUCUCAUCUCUAAGAGGGCUUCCCUCUCUGCCGGCUUGUUCGACAACGUCCAAAGGGCUUCUGCAAUCAACGAAGGGUGGGGAAUAGUGGUAUUAUUUUGAUAUGUUGGACUACAACCCCCAUAAUCCUUGUGCUGGUUUGUAGUCCAAUACAUCUGGAAGGCACCCAACUGCAGAAGGUUUAGAAGAAGUAGCCAUAUUUGUCUCUGCUAAAAGGCCAAAAAGAAAAAUUAUUGGUGUAAUGUAAACCCUAGAUACCCUAUCAGCAGUGGUACAGGUAGGGUAGGGGUGUUUCUGUGUGUGUGUGUGUGUAUCAAAUACAUUCUUUUUCUGUGCUAAAGGGUAGGUAGGAGGUGUGGCUUCCUAUAAGUCUAGUGGAGGUGACCUUUGAGCGUCUGCAUGUUGUGCCAUUUUUAAAACACUAAAGAAGAAUUGUUCCUGCAGAAAAGCGAAACAUUCCAUAUCCCUCUUUGGAGAGGAUGUCCUGUAAACUGAGUCUCGGUGGUUUGAUUCCCCGCUGGGUCUCCCAGG